AGAGAGUUUAGCAUUUGAAUACAGAUAAAUGAGAAAAACAAUGAUGGGAAGUGCAGCAGUAAAGUAGUGUCACUUUACUCACGCCUAAACUUUCCCGGUAAUGCAAUUGUGGAGGACUGUAACACGCAACCCCCCUCAAACCCGCAGCCAGCAGCGCCGCACUGAUCGAUCAGCAUUGAUCGUCCCUGACGAGCUGUUCCACUUUCCAGCCAAUGCACGCGCGCCCGUCUGCGAUUGGGAAGGAGCCCGAAACGGAGGAAAAUUUCUGCCGCCCUGGCGGUGUCACUUCCCCACACUUCAGCUGGCCGCCUGCCAGACACACAGGACGCUCACAAGAGGUGGAGUGGACUCGGCGUGACGAGGAGGAGCGUCCGCAAACGACUGGACGGACGGACAAAUGGACCUAUUCAAAAUGGCUCUUAGAUCACAUAAAGUCAUCAAACACAGAGAAACACGACGAUUAUGGAUUCUCAGGCCUUAGCGAAUGGAUGUGUAAGAUGUUCAUGAGGCUCGCCUAGUGUGGACCGCUGAUUCUCCAGCUGUGAACGCGUCAAUCUCGCUUUGGCUUCGGUCUUCAGAGGAACGUUGCAACUCUACCCCCCCUUCAUCCUAAGCUCCCUCAUCUCCCUCUCCCUCCCCCUCACGCUGUGGCCCAUGUCUGCCAGCGGAGGGUCCAUGGAGGGAAUUCGAGCCGUAGAGGAUGAGGAGGCACAGGACAGCUGCUGCGGGGAUGAAGACUCAUCCCCGGUGGUGGAACGAAGAAACCGCAGCGGCAUCAUCAGCGCUCCACUCAGCAAAAGCCUGAAGCGCUCACGAGCUCUCUCACAGUACAUCGCGACCUGCUCGGCUGCUGCUGUUGCCAGUGUCGCAAACGCUAACAGACUCGCACAAAGCUCCAUGGUGGCGACAGGUGUCAAAGCUCACCCUACGGCCAGCCAGCACAGGUCACAAGUCGGGUACGCCAAACUGGACCGGGGCGCAUUAAUGUCCGGUCUUCUGGACUCUCCGAGCGGCUUGCAUCUCGCCCAGGCCGCCGAGCUCCUGCGGCGGGCGGGAAUGCUGCUUCCGGUCAGCGACCCUUCCAAUGUCAGUGUGGGAGGGGACAUAGAGGCAGUCUCGGCUUCUGAUUCGCUGGGCAGUGUGAUGGACUUCCCAUUGCUCAGCAACGGUGGAGUGGGCGGCAGCUUUCCGUAUCACCCGGGGCUCUUCAUAAUGACACCGGCGGGAGUGUUCCUCGCAGAUGGGGCGCUUUCUCAUGUGACCAGCGCAUCGGAACACCAGCAGACGCAGAGCGAGAUUUCAUCGGCCAUCAGUGCCAACGGGAAGAAAAAGCGGAAGCGCUGUGGCCUGUGUCCACCCUGCCGGCGCAGGAUUAACUGCGAACAGUGCAGCAGCUGCCGCAACCGGAAAACCGGCCAUCAGAUCUGCAAGUUCCGCAAGUGUGAAGAGCUCAAAAAGAAACCUGCUGGCGGGCUGGAGAAGGUGAUGCUGCCAACCGGAGCUCCUUUCCGAUGGUUUCCGUAGGGCAGCUGAACCCUCCCCCCAUGACUUCCAUCCCAUAAUGAAGGACUCCCGAUGGACGGUUGACGCCACUCCCACUCGGAACACUGUGGCGCUUGUAAACACUGGGUGCAAAAAAACAAAUAAAACAAAUGAAGAGCGGAAUUAAAGCACUAUUUGAAAAUGAACAUGUCCUGAACCAAAAAUAAACAGUGAAUGGCGAAAUGUCAUUCCAUUUUUCUUUUUUCCUCUGUUCCAUUUCGGAACCAUCUGAGUUCUACUUGGGAAUCUUGCCCUUUAUUGGAUGCUCUGGAACUAUUUGCCGCCAAAUGGAAAACGGACAAUCAUUUUUAUUUGUGUGUUUAGUGGUUUUGUUUGUCCAUGUGUGGAGAAAUGCCGUAAUUUCGUUUAGAGAAUGUAAUCCCAAGGCUCUGUUUUAAAGCUUGUGAUAAUUAAGGAGCACUAUUGUAAUUUAGCACAGUGGUUCUUACUGACUGCCUCAAUGUUAUGAUUGCCUUUUUUGUUUUUUUGUUCUGUUUUUUUGAUUUGUCAUACAGUUUUCAAGUUGCUCAAUAUUUGAUACGAAGAUGACCGUGAAAAACACUCUAAUGUAGCAUCCCUUACUUUAAAUAUGCUUGAAAGGUCCUUUUGGGUUUGUCAUUCUGGUUGUGUUUUUAAAUGCUGAAGGCCUGCUGGGAUUGGAGGUAAGGUGAAGCUGGUGGAACUACAAUAUUUAGACUAGCUAAUGGUGUAUUUGUGUACCAGCUAUGUGUAGGACCCGCCUUCUUUUUCUUGCAGCCUUAUUGGAUUGGUCAGAUGGAAACCACAGUCCUUAGCAGAAAAAAACAGCCGAAAUUAUUGAUGUUUUGUGAUAAUAUUUCUGAUUAGGAUAUUUUAUUGCUGAUUUACCCUGAGUUCCAGAGCUCUAUUAAGUCCCUUUCACAUGAUUCAUGUCAUUGAAUUCUCAGCAAGCAUUGCGUGCAAUCGUUGUUCUACAACGCUCAAAGUUCACACUAUUUCAACUUUGACCCCAUUUGUCAUUGAAUUUUCAUAAUGUAGACAAGGAUUACCAGACAAUUCACCUUUUGUAUCAUUGCGACACAUUGAGCUGUAUGACACAAUGUCUAGAGCAUUACAAGAAAAGUUUCAAGAACUCUUGCUCAAUGUUUUUUCCCUGGAUUUUUUAAGCUCAAAUAAAUGUUAGCUCAUUUUGAUUGUUCGGUUCUUUGAUUUCUUUUUACCUAGCAACCUUGUGAAUCGGCCUUCUGUAAUGUUAUCUGUAACAUUUUCAUGUUGAGCAUCACAGCGCAUGACGCUUGUGUUGAGACAUGCAUUGAAGCCCUGACACGAGUCAUGUGAAAGGGGCUUUAGGUCAUCCACAUAACAUGGACACCAUGUUGGAUAAGUGACUUAUUUUUAGUUGUAAUUGUUAUUUUGGUGUUUUUUUCUUCUUCAGUCUGAAAUCCUAUUGAACAGGUCCACUCCAGCUCAAAUACUGGUCUAGACUGAGUUAAACGCACAGUACCAAAACAAAUUCAAGACAAAAUCCAACAGCACGCCAUUCCCAUGCCGUAUGGGGCCAAAUUUAUCGGUCUGCGUAAAUGAAUGCAUGUAUUUGUGUCCAAAGCCAAACAUUCUGAGGUCUUGGCAGUCCUCAAUUUAAUAAACCGAGGUGCAAACCAAACAUUUCUAUA